UUUGUUGGGCCUGUUUCUUUCUGGAAUGAUGAUCACGUUGUGUUUUUGUAGAAAUAACUAUGACGCUAGAUUUGAAUCCAUUGUUGGAUUCGAAGGCGAAGGCGAAACUUUGGUGGACUUUCGAGGGUUAAAAAUAAUCGGCCGUGAACGAGUUUUGAACGGAUCGUCUUUUUUUGCAGUUGAUGCGACCGAUGAUUUAAAAGUCUUUUGUAAAGUGUUUACACAAGAAGUUGGCGUAUGGGUUCCAAUGAUCUAUGAAGUAAGAAACAUUACUACCUGUGAGCUUGGCGAGGGGUAUUUCUUGAAAUAUGUACGUACUGAUAAUGUCACUUCAAACUUUCCGAAAACUGCCGCUGGCUAUUGCCCUCUACGCAAAGGUGAAUAUUGGUUCAGCAAAUGGACCCCGAAUACUGAUAAAUGGGUGGCAUAUCUGAAGCGUGGCCACCUAAAAUUUCGUUUCGAAUUUAAAAAGAAUGAAAUAGUAAUUGGUGGUUUCGAGCUAAUGCUAGAAGUAUUUGAUCGCAGAUCUUAAGACCAUCUUACAAAUCCCUGCGUCCAUCGAGAAAGUCUUUGCCUUUCUCUUGCUAUGUGACAGUAUAAUAAA